AUGAAACACGCGAUUUUGGUUCUUCUGCUUUUCUGUAAGUUGGUGAUUAUUUGCCCAUAUGCGCCGGUAUUAGUUGGUCUUAUUUUAGGUUAAAUGGUAAGAGCCUACGUAUGACUGCAACCGGCUUCUCACACUGUUCUAAACAAAUUUUACUUAUUUACUAUCUGCCUUAAAAUUAUGAUGCUGAAUUAUCUUAUGUUCGGAAAUAGCCAGCAAACAUUCGGUAUAGUUUGUUAGACUCUCUUCGUGCUAGUACUUUUACAUCUUUCGGGUGGCGAGGGAUUAUGAAUAUCCUCAAUGAAAAUAGUCAUUAAUAGAUGGGAAUCAGAUUCUGAUUAAGGGCAACUAACUUAACAUAAUUAUAUUUGUUUAUGUGAGAUCACAAUUGGAUGGUAGGUCAGUCCUUCGAAUUGAUCAAAAAUGUUCGAUGUUCCAUUCUUGUACCAAAGAGAAUAAUCACGCAGAACACAAGGGGUGAUUAAUAGGUUUUUAGAAAGAUAUGCAUAACUUAUCUGGUUUCACUUGCUUCCGAACGAUUGGACCCCACCAGGAUCACCGAUUCCUUUCUAACUUUACAGACCCACACAUUUUAAUACUAUUAAAGGUUUUCAGCUUUAGCUGACUCGGAGGCUGUUAUUUACCCACCCUUGUGUAGCAUAUGUGAUUUGAAAAACUGCAGCUAAAAUCACGUUAUGGGAAACCGUUUUUACUCAUAAUUUAAGUGUAUGUCUCGUGGCAGUAUGUUUAUCGUACGAAAAUUGAACGCAGUAUUAUUUACUCAGUUUUCGCCAUUGUACGUGCUUGGCGGCAAAACAGCAGCAUCAGAACACUGCGACACAAUUAAAAAUAGAAAAGCAACUUAAUCACAAUACUUAGCACAUUACAGUCUCUACAGUAGAUGUGCUAACUCAUAAAAUGUCAACCAACAUUUCGAAAUGCGUUCUCGUUUCGAAAAUAUAAAUAAAGUAGUGUUGUAAAACCAAUCAUGAUGCAGCAUAAGCCUAUAAUGAUCCAGUUACCGCAGGGUAUCGGCUUUUGAAAGAACUUAGUUUUGGCUGUAUGUUAGAUCUAUACUCUGCCAAAAAUGACUACUCGAUUAGUGUGCAAUUUUUUCAUUGAUUUUCGAUGCCCCUGAAAAUACAAUUAUCUUUCAUGGAAAAAUGCAUAAAAAUAUUCAUUGUUUUACUUAUUCGAUACGAAAUCACGCCUUAUUCCAUUGCAUUCAGGGUUUCAAAUCUACAAGCUGUUUAUUUUCCGUGUACGGAAGACCAUGCAUUGCUCUACGGUGUUAAGAGGAGACCAUAUGAGGUUCAUAAAAUUAAGCAGUGGAUUUGAGCAAUAUUGUUAACUUUACAAGCCACAUUCGUAAAUGCAGAUGCAUGACGUUUCAUGAACGGCCAUUUAACGGUAUUAAAUAAUCUCACAAUUAGAAACGUUUUUUAAACCAAAUUAUACUAUUUUUUGUGUAUGACAUUGGAAGAAGACGUGAUUUUCUACGGAACAAGUAAAACAAUGAAUAAUUUUAUGCAUGUUUUUCAUGAAACAUAAUUGAAUUUUUAAGAGCAUCGAAAAUCAAUUAGAAAAUUGCAUGCUAAAUAAGUAGUCAUUUUAUGCAUGCAGCCGAAGAUAAGUUCUUUCGAAAGGCAACACCCUCUCGGUAACUGAGUCAUUAUAAAUUUAUGUUGCAUCAUGACUAGUUUUACAACAAUACUUAAUUAAUCUUUUCGAAACGAGAACGCAUUUCGAAAUUUUGGUUGACAUUACAUGAGUUAGCACAUCUACUGUAAAAUAGACAUACCUCGGGAAACAGCGACAACAGGGUGGGUACUUAUGAUAUGGGCAAGACACUUAAGCGAAACAGAAGGCUUUCAGUGAUUUAAAGCGUCUUCAAAAAGCUGCAAGAAUGGCAGAUGCUGGCAUAGGUCUGUGCCGUUUUAUAGAUCAGACAUAGUCCGGUAUCAAGAAAGUAUUUCUAAAAUCCGCUUACAUGCUUGAUGACUUUGAGCUCUACGAUUUUUUAAGCUCACAAGUGAUCCUAAGGCCUAUACUGCAGUCCUGAUAAUAAGGAGCUGCUUGAAGCCAAGACGGUACGGUAUGCCACCUAAGCGAUGAAAGGUGUCGAAAUGUACGAGUGAUUGCUAAUUAGUUGCAGCCAGCACCAAUGCAUGGAUUAAAUAUCGACAGUAAUAUAGGACACUUUCAAUAGAACCGAAAAUACAAUUAAAAUUUUAUAGGCAAUACUGCAAUCCGUAGUUAUACGAAUUUUCUUCGCAAAGCGGAAACUUCCGAGAACGUCAUAAAUGGUUGUAGUUUAGUAAAUUUAAUUUUGAAAGGAACUGUUAAAAGAUGGGCAGCACAAAAACAAUAAUGUUUGAACAUGGUCUUUCAGUGCACUUCACAUUAAAAUAUCCUUUACGAAUUAGUGUAUUAUCAGGUACGACAGUUUCCCAACGGCCUCCCUUCGGAGUAUAAAUUCCAAAGUGAUCUCCUGCGAAUUCGCUGUAUUUUCCACGCUUUUGAAUUGAUUAAGGUACAGCUCAAUAAGGCAGACAGGACUCUGCUUGAUUUCGCCGACAAGGACGCCAUAGGAAUAAGAGUUUUAUAAGGUCACAUAUUGCCAGGUCGUUCGCUGACUAAUAGAUUAAAGUAGGUUUGACAGAUUUAAUAGUAAACAAAUCUUUAGGUGUAUACAAAGAGACAAUCAGUACUGUAAAGCUAGCUUCCUAUUUUCCUUUUUUCUGGAUUACGUUGAAUUUCAAUUUUGCCUUGGUACAUCGUUAAAUACUUCAUGCUUUACAGUGUUUUUAAUCGAUCGUCCGCACAGACAGAUUCUGUCUUCGAUGAAACUUCCAGAGAGACAAAUUUAAAAUUGACGCAACUGGGUUUAAAUUGAAGGAAUGACAACUCGCUUUUUUUCCUCCUCCUUUUAGACCUCAUUGAAGCGCGAUCAGCUCACCGUUGGUGUAAGUUUAUCCGUGUUAUAUUCAACGGGACAAAUAAGACAAUAUCUUGACCUGUAUUUAUGUUCGCGAUAGACUGAAAAUUACAUAUUUAGACCUACAACAGGUUUACGUUGACAACUAAUUGAGAUGACUAAGGAGGUUUUACUUGCCAUAUUGUACUUACUUAAUUCACUUUUAUUUAGAAAGUCGCCAGGGAAUCUUAGGUGUAUUUGCCUUAAUUUUUGAGACAUAACAUUGGCUCUUGACAAAACAAAUAGUGCAAGUGCAGAAAGCAUGUUUGAAGUUUUAGCACAUUUAUCCCUAGCACGUAUUUAAGUCCGUCAAUUUUGUUUCCAUCACAGCCAGUUCGUGACUAUAAUAUUUAAUGCCUCACUGCUGAUACGAGUUGGUUUCUGCUCACAUUCACUAAGUGCGGGUCUUAUGGUAAAUGAGUAAUACUGUCAAAUGAAUUCAAACCUCCCGGUUAAAAUAGUUGGUUCUACAUGGGAUGAUUAGCGUGCACACAAGCAAAGUCAUCUAUUGUGCGUAGCUUCAAUUAUUAAGGCUCAUAGUAUUAAAUUAUGCUCUAUUGACUGCCGGUUGCGAAUAAUCACCCACGGUAAGUACCUGCUCAUCAUCCACCGCUGGUUUUUCAUGAACAAACCUAAACACAUGUUUGACAUAUUUUCGUACGAAAAGUCGAAAUCUAUUGUCAGUCAGAGUGUGCCUGUCGUAUGAACAAUUGAGCAUGGGCAUUAACACACUGCCUUACGUCAGUCUUCUCGCUUGAGUAAGACCAAUUCACACAUGUAAGUGCUCCAUUAAACCUCACCUCACUGGAGGUCAUAAGAUUAAGACCCGUCAUUAAAUUAAGAACACAGAAGUAAGUGUCCCGAUAAAAAAACAUGCCUGCACAUUUUUAAUGUUCCACGCUGGAUACUACACUAACCGGUAUAUAAAGUAAUCUGACGCCUUCAAAAUGCAGUGUUCGCUCACAGAAACUGGUUGCAUAAAAGCAGAAUGGUUUAUCUUAUCACGCACAAACGACCGUUUAACCGCUCCACUGUAAUUGCAAAUGUUAAAAUCAGGAGCCGUAGAAAAUGGUUGAAUAAUCAGAUGACUGAGAAAUACGGCUCAAAGUAUGCAAGGCACAUCUGUGCAACCUGCAAACUCCAAACCUCAAAGCAAUGAUGGCGCAACCAAAUUGUGUUGGCAUGAAAGUCGACACGCAAUAGCGAAUUUAGCAGAAAAAAAUAGUGGUCCAAUUUGUGAUUAAAAUCGUAAAAGUUCAGAAAGGGGAACGUAAAAAUAGAGUAAUGUGGUUUGCAAUAGCAGAACAAACGGCAAAUGAAAAGUACUAAUCGGAGCAUACUGGGACACUUGGACAAAAUGUCCAUUAAGUACAAUAAUAAGUUAGUCAGGCCGAAAAGAUGGGUUCCAUGCGGAUAUUUUUAGUUAAUGCCAGGAUUGACACAAACGACUUCAGUAAAUCUAUUUACUUCAGAAUAUUACGAAAUGAACUUUUUAAAGACCGCGAAGACGGAAAAACGCAUAACAGAAAAGGGGAAGAAUGAGUCAAACAGAAUGAAAACAGAAAAAAUAAAAGUAAAUGAGCAUAAAAUUUUGCAGGGAUUAAUGCGCAUGGAUGCACACAUUGCAAUAAAAAACAAAUACAAUAUGUGAAGGAGUAAAAUAUGAAAAAAAGUACACAGCUAACGAGCAGUUAGCAUAUUAAAACCGGGAAACAGAAAAAUAUAACAAAUAUUUCCAUUUCUAUGUUACAGCUACCUUGCCGCCGCAUACCGAAACACCUCCACCAGGAACAGAACCAAUGAAAAGUAAGCAAAGACAACGAAGAUAAUUAUUAAAAAUAGGAGGUAAAAGGAAACAACGGCAAAAACAUGACAUAACAAGGAAUGGAAAAAAUGGCAUAGGCUAGGGAAAAACUGAAGGAAGAAAGUAGACGGAGGACAAAUGAGCAAGAAGAAGAAACGAUGCAAAUUGCUGAAAAUCUGUGAGAAAAUAAGAUAAAAUACAUAAAAGUAUUAAAGACUGUAGACCGAGGAAAGGGCAAAAAGCAGUGGCAAUGCAAAUUGCAGAAUAUUUAAGUGUAGUCAGCAAAUGAGAGAACACAUCCAUAUGGGCUUAGUGAUCUGGCGGUAUAAGUCUCAUCUAGUAUAAUAUAUAUUAUAUUAAUAAAUAAUUAUUAUUAUUAUUAUGAGAAUAGAGGUGUGGACGGCAAUGACAUUAGGGUCUGUGAGAUUUGUGUGUAGCACAGGACGUUGGGAGGCAGACAGCAAUCCCCAUGAUCGUCUCCCUGCAUUCUGUUUGCAGAAGCCGUAACCGAGGUUAAAGGCGAAUCUUCGUGGACCCCAAAGCCAUCUUCGCCUAGUAAGCGUAUUUUCCUACGCCAUUCCUCUCUCGCUAUUCGCUAUGAUCUGCAAACAGGCAGGACUUCAUAGUUGUUUUCAAAUCCCCCUUUUGGAUUUGCUUUUACGCACUCUUUUUAUGCCUCUUAUUACCCUAGGCCUUUGCAAUUUAUUGCGCUACACCAAUUCAUUCGAUUUCCGCAAUUUUAUUUCCUGUGUUAUCUCAUGCUGACCUCUACGAUGGCGUCCUCACCAUUUGACACACUUGCUGCACUACUUGUCUUACUUCCUCUCCUCGUCUUUUGCAUUCUCCGUAGACCAUUCUGGCGAAAUCCUUUCGACCAUCACGACAACUCCACCUCCAGGAAAAUUUCCUGGGGAGCACAUUCUCGUCAUCGCAUCAUGUCUAACUAUACUCAAUCCACUCCACCAAUCAGAAAUAACCGAGCCCAUCUACUGUAUACCGUGCGCCAAGUACCCCUGUGUUUAUAUUGGCCAUACAGGCCGACUCGCAUUAGCGAGCAGAAGUUAUCCCUCCUCAGUCGCGACCCCCCCCCUUGUCUCUCGUGUUUGCUCACGCCCUUUAGUAUGACCAACGUUUCAACUGCAGCGGUGCUGAAGUGAUGGCAAUGGGUAACACCAGUUAGGUUCGAGAAUUCAUCGAAGCAUGACAUUCUGGCACAACCAGCAGCAACCGGCACGUCCUUCUAGACUCUCAAUACGAGGGACUACGUAUACGAUCAUUGACUUGUUCCCACACCCUAACAAUCGUUAACCAACAUCUGACCACGCAAAAUUACAGUAGAUGUGCUAACUCAUGAAAUAUCAAAUGGAAUUCAGGAAUGCGUUUUAAUUAAGUAGGGUUGUAAAACCAAUCAAUAUGCAAAAUAAUUCCAUGAUAAUUAAAUUACCGCAUGUUGCCUGCUUUCUAAAGUACUCCUUUUCUGUUGCAUGAAAAGUCUAUACUGUGUAAGAAAGGACGGCUUGAGUAGCAUGCAUUUUCUCAUCGAUUUUAGAAGCCCUUAGACAUUCUAUCAUAUUUCAUAGAACACAUGCAUAAACAUAUUCAUACUUUUGCUCAUUCAGUUCAAUAUUACGUCUUCUUCCAAACUCAUUUUUGGAGAAUAGCUAUAAUUCGGUUUUCAAAACGUUUCCAAUUCGCGGAUAAUUUUGAACCCGAUCUGCAGUUAUAUUUGCUUCCAGGGUUUCCAAACUACAGGCCGGAUAUCUUCCGUGUGCGGAAAACCAUGCCUUUCUCUACGAUAUUAAGAGGAGACUAUAUAGAGUUCAUAUAAUUUAGCAGUAGAUUUGAGCCAAAUUGUUAACUGUACAAGCCACACUGGUAAAUGCAAAGGCAUGAAGUUUUAUGAACAGGCAUAUCACGGCCGAAUUGGGCCCUCCCUUCGAGUAUACCAUUGGAAGUAGACGUGAUUGCUACCGAAUGAGCAAAAUAAUGAAUACGUUUUAUGUAUGUCUUCCAAGACUUAAAAUUGAAUUUUUAAGGGCAUCGAAAAUCGAUAAGAAAAUGCAUGCUAAACAAGAAGUCAUUUUCUACAGAGUAUGCUUUUUGCAUGUAGCCCGGAAGGAGUUCGUUCGAAAGCCGGCAUCCUGAGGUACUUGGACAAUUAUUGAAUCAUGCUGCAUAAUGAUUAUUUCAAGGCCAGUUCUCCGAGAUGCCGGAAACACUUGAAUCAUGUAAGCAACGGCCCUGUCAUUACGGCGGCAUCGCUAAGUAUGCAGAUGCGCCAAACGUAGCACAGAGAACAUGACGUAGACAGUUAAUAUACUUGCCGGAGUACGGAAUGUUAGCUUUCUACUUUUUCAGCUGGAAAAAUGCCCCGGGUAUUUUGCCUUUCCUUAGGCGUCGUUUUUCUAUAGAGUGACACGCACGCGUGUGGAUAUAUUUAUUUCUUGCUCUAUAUGUGAACUUUUCUGUCAAUCAGUUUGUGUCCUGUGAUUGCAGUUUUCGUGUGCAAUUCAUUAUUUCCUUCAGUCUAUUUUUUCAGUUACUUCUUUUAGCAGUACCCUUUCCUUUUUUCUUUAUCUUUACUACUUUGUGGUGUAUUUCGCUAUGUAUUCGAUUCUAUAUUCUCGCUAUUUCAGUCCUUUAUUAUCCUCUUUAACCCUCUACAUUCAAAUUUACCCGUCAUUUAAACCUGCUGCUGAAUACGGCGAAUAUGCGUCUUGGAAUUUUGUAGCUGUAGCCCGAUAACGCCCAGUCUUAGAGGACAACGAUACAAAGAAUCAUCGAUCAUCUCAUUAGCGGGUGGGAUGUACAAAUAUUUGGUUUGGUAUAACAGUACUUUUCUGUCGAUUUAAGCGGUAUUCUUCAAGCAAAUAUACACGAAGUCUUUGUCUUAAUAGCCCUACGAUGUCCGCCAUUAUCACCUCCUCUGGAAACGCGUUUCGGGCACUGGCGACACGCUGUGAAAACGCGAUCAUCCGUGUGGGAUCUGGUUUCCUGAUGUUUUAGAAAGUUCAUCUCAGGUUUGCUCUUGUAGUCAAGGUGGAGAAAUCAAGGUAGCGAAUGGCACAGUCUCGAUUCCUUACGAUCCGUUAGGUCUGCUUGAGAUCUCUUUGGAUCUGCCUGUACUCAAGAGGAAAUAGCUUAUGCUCAUCAAGUCUACAGCAGGAAGAUAAAGUCCAGAGGCCUUUCACAAUUUUGGUCGCCCUCCUAUGAACUCGUUCCGGCAACUAAUAGUCUUUUUCAGUCAGAGUCGCCAUGCGUGGAUUCCAUUUUCCAUUCCUUGAAUAAACAAAUGCUCCAUACACUUUUCCAAAUAACUCUUUGAGCAUUAAAGUCAUGUUAAUAGCGAAGAGGACAGCAUUUGCCCUGUCAGUCUGCCUUCAUUUGCGGUUCUUUGCGGCCCUGUUGCUUUUUACCUUCCCCGCGUUAGCUUUUUCCUUUGUACUUUUUCGGAUUUUUUGUCGUGUUUUUCAUGCCUUUUCUCCUCCUUUCCUAUUUUUCAGACGAGCGUGCUUAUUGGGUAUGUAUCCUUGUUGACGUUACUUAAUUCUUGCCUUUUGUUGUUUUUCCCCGAAUUUUAUUCUGAAUAUCAUGUUUUAGUUGGAGGAAGUGUGGUAUGAUCUCAAGAGGAUCUCCUCGGUAUGUUACUGCGCUUCCUUAACGAUAUUCUUUUCCUCAUCACCGCUUACUUCAGCGACCAUCCUGGUAGCCGACUUCGAAAGCCAACGUCCUGAGUUAACUAAAGUUCUAUAGAAUUAUGCUGCACAAUGAUCGGUUUAACAACGAAAACGCAUUUAGGAAUUUUGGUUGAUAUUUCAGGAUUAAGUCCAUCUACUGUAUUGCAAACAGGUUUAUUGGGUAAUGGGAGAAUAAUCUACGGUCCCAGAAAUUACGGCGGUCCAGAUCAAAGAAGUUUUUUGGCUUGGAGGCAUUUGUGCGACGGGUGUUUCUAGUCUUGACUUCGUUUCUUGGAAUCUGGACACAGUAUCAUGCAAGGCCGCAUAGAUAAACAGAUGCUCACCGCCAGAUGAAGAAUUUACUCGCUACACGGCGGAUUGCAGAGUCAGCAACUCGAAAUGACACCAGACAGGGAAUGCCAUCACUACGGGAAAUGAUUUCGGUGAAUACUGUACGCAGAAAUUGUGGAGGUUGUUCUGACCGAUGAAAGCGAGUAAACGUUCAUGUUACUAUGGGCUAUUUUGCGAAAUGGUCAUGGGCCUGCGGAGCUUACUCUAGAUUGCAUUUCGGUUGGCAGAAAAUGAAAUUACUAUAUUUAACUGUAAGUACUUCAGGAAGAGAUAAAAUGACCCCAAGUGAACUGUUGUGCCCACAGCGGUCAAAAUGUUGCAAAGUAGUGGGGACAUUGAACGUGUGACAGUUUAGAAACUCGAAUGACAAUCUGGUGUUCCUUUUAUAAUAGGCGAAGCCACAAAGCACCUAGAUCUGGGAGUUCACAACGUUCUCGAUGUGUCGCAAUUGGGCGUUCCGCGAUCAAAGUACUUCUGGUAACAAAAGGCUGGACAAGUUCCACUUUCUUUCGCUCACCAGUGCGCAGAAAGCUAAAUAAAAACGUAUAGCAUUCUAGAUCAGGCGGGUGCCAAGAGAGCUAGUUUCAAAUUUCCAUGGGGGACAUCCAGUCGUUUUGUCUGCCUUGAGGCCAGUCAGGCAGGAAAACUGAAAGACUGGGGCUCCUGGGGUGUGGCAUACGUAGAUCCUCAACAGUUCCGUUCACAUUAAUGUCGUCUCCAUCAGUGCACACUUGGGGCUGAUGAUGACUGUUCAGGCGGCGAAACCAUUGUUUUCAGAUUGUGCAACAUGACUACUAAAAGGGAGGCUGGCAGGCGUCACAAGACCGAGCUUUGCGGAUCACAUGUUGAGAGAGAAGUUACCUCAUCUUAGAUUUAGGUCUCUAAGAUGUUCGAAAUUGCUGGGGGGGAUGUUUACUGGCCGAAAGACGUCAGCUGACGUAGACAGGCCGUGCUUGGGAAUAUGUACAAGGCAUGAGUCCUUGUACAAACUGGAAUAGGUCUCACUUUCGAGAGCGAGAUUAGAUAUCUCGCACAUGUGGGACGAAAACACCUCACCUGCGUCCGCAUUUAAAUUACUGUUUGCAACACUAUUUGGUCCAGUACUAUGAGCUUAAAGAAAUCAUCCGGUGACUGUGGCGGCGUCUCAUACCGGCGCCGGUCUAUAUUUGUAGGUUAGGAAGUGAAGCGGUCGAAUAUUCAUUAAACGUUUUGGACAAGAAGGCAUUGGAACUGCCAGCGAUCAGUUUGGCGUAUGCGAUAGGCUUUUAGAGUGCUUCUCAAAGGAUGGGAUGUUGUGGUUCCAUACAACUACUCAUUUGUGAGAAAAAAAUUUACGACGUUUGACGAGCAUUUUUCGGCGAAGGUUAUCAUUCUGGCUAGUUAUUUGCUUCUGACAGCCUCCUAGCCCUCUCGUAAAUGCAACGUAUCAAAGGCAGAACUGAACUUCGUGUUUCAGAUGAAACCGACGGGGCAGUCUGCGUAACCUAGGACGAAAGUAUAUAGGGGGGGGAAGUUUGAUCCGUAGCACUAAUUCUUCUUCUUAUGAUGUAUUGCCAUAGAUUUCAUUUUCCUACUUCGCAAAGUCCACAGUUAGAUGCAAUUGGACUGUCCAGUAAAUCACACACAGACCUAUGACAAUUUUUCUGAAAGGGCUAUUUACACGCAGAGUCAAAUAUCCUGAUUUUCUUCCUGUCAACUUUUAGAUAAUUGAACGCUUGGAGGCGCAAGGAUUUUCUCCUUAAAAGAGUGGUAAUCUACAUCGUUUCAUAUUUUUCCUUUAAUUUGCGCUUUUGAUACCUCGUCUUCUACAGCAUUCCUAAUGCUACGCAUCCGAAUUCUUCUCAUUUCAGUGACUUGGAAUUCUGGCGCGCACACAACCUCAUUCGUCUGCUUCUCGAAUCUAUUUGCGUGUAAUUUGCUCGUAGUUUUAUUUCUUAUAUAAAAAUCCACCAUUAAGCUAGUUCAAAUAAAUUCCUGAUUUCCAACAUGACUUUCGCAAAAUUUAUUUUCUUUCGUGAAUGUCUGAGACUUUUGUUCCUUACGGCUUACCUACACUUCCCGUCGAUAAACAGGGAAAAUAACUGUUGCAACAAUACAAUCAGGAGAAAGUCAGGUUUAACCUGAAAGAUAGCCGGACGAUAGCGUCCUGGACUUCUGUCUUUAUGAUUAGUUCUAAUUAUGCUGGUUCAGCUCUCUCUGUAAUUCCCACGGAAAGACUACACAUCGGUGAUCCUCGGUCAUACAUAACAUGUCGCAUUUAAGGGAAUGCGUCGUUCUGUCUAGUGAAUGCUUCAGUAUUUCGCACUUUGAACAAGUCGUCUCUGCUUGCAUGAACUACCACGAAGCCCUGGUUACCCAGCGACUUCGUAACCUAACGAUUUGUGUCCGCGUCCUCAACACUGUCCCAGGUACCAGUGGCACAUUCUCCACAAUAUUCCUAAAUUGCGACGACAGAGACAUUCUAGUUAACUAAAAUUCCGACAUUCUACAGCCCACAACUGCACCUCCUCUACAACGACAUUUCUGCGAUCUCGCAGUCAUGCGUGUCGGGUUCGUUCAUAUAAGGGCAUUUAAAAUAAGAAUGACAAUACAUAUUUUCGAGCUAAGUCCAAUUCGGUGGUCCAGAUAACGACAAACACAAGUUAUAUAUCUGCAUAUAUAUGCAUAUUUCGAAAGAAAUAAGUUCUUCGGGAAAGACAAACUAGUCCAAUUGCAAAUUAUUGACCUUGCUUACCCAAGUCACCUUCAACCGUGAAGUAGGUGUGCAAAAUAGUUAACAUUUGAACGUGCCUAAAAUCGAUUUUGCCCUGUCACUUCUGCUGGCAUAAUGUCCUGAUUGGCCAAUGCCUUUUCCACUUCUUUUUGAGGCUGCUGUACACCGCAUCCAAUUCUACGUGUCGGUUGAUGCAUGAGUUAUCAGAAUGGAUGGCCUCUAAACGUUCACGGCCCUUCCUAGAGGAGUAGACACCUCCGAUGCGAGUCCUGUCCCAGUCGAAUUUGUGUCCAGUUUCCAGCGUAUGCAUGGCAGCUUGGGACUAGCGGUCUCGCCUAUUUACGACCACCUGAUUUUCGUGUACUCGUGCAGAGGCCGAUUUUGCAGGUUGACCGCAGUGAACCGCAUUACAGGUGUUGCAUGGUAUCAUAAAGACUACUUACUUCUUGUAUAAAUAGCCACCCCUAUCCUUAGGGUGCAUAAGCUGGUUUCGAAUUGUAGUUGUCGGCUUAUGCGCCUCACGUAGUUGGUGCUCCUUCAGGUGUCUUUCAACUAGUUCGGACACAUUCUUAAUGUGCGGAAGUGUUCGCCAGUUUUUUCAGUUUGGGCGGCUGAUCGAAACAAUCUACUUCCUUGUCCUUUUCUUUUAACUCCUGUCAUUUCAUGCAUCGGUGCAAAAAAUAUCUAGGAUGUCCAUUCCGGCAAAACAGAUUCAAAAAAUUAUUUAGUUCUGUUUGAUAGGUUUCGUUGUCAGAACAGUAAAUUCUUGUUCGGUUAAUGAUUCUGUUCCCGGCGCUUCUUUUGUGAGAGAUUGGGUUAUUGCUAUCGUAAUGUAAAAGGAUUUCCGCCUAGGUUACCUUGCGGUAAACCAAAGUGUGGAAUGUCCCGACGACCUUUCUCGAUUCGAGGAUAUCAAGAAACGGGAGUUUGUUGUCAGCCUCAUUCUCGGGUGUGGAACAGAUUCCUGGAAGUGUCGCCCGCCUUACUGAUCCUUUCAGGACUGCCUUGUACGCAGCGCCUGUUAGGCGGGGUGUAGAUCUAUAGCUCGGUUGAGUGUACCAGCCGAAGAUUAGCUUUUGGGAUACGAUCCGCACAUAUUCUCAUUGGCUCGAAAAAUUAGCCUCGCUUUCUCAAAGGCAAAACCGUGGUUCAGCUCUCGUAUGUGACCAUAGACCAAAGACAGCUUGUCCUUGCGGUUUGUUGCAAGUUGGUGUUCGUGCAGUCUUGUAUCGAGGCAUUUGCCCGUUUCACCAAAAUACCUCGCACUGCAAUUCAAGCAUGGUAUGCUGUAGACCACAUCUGACAGUUCUGUUGUUUUUAGCAUGUCUUUGGGCUUCAUUAUUUGCUGUCUGAUGGUACAUUCUGGUUUAUGAGCCACGCCAAUGCCAAAAGGUUUCAGGACUCUCGCCGUCGUCUCUGAUAAUCUCUUCACAUAUAUUAUUGAGAGCCAGAACUUGGGCUUUUCUCCUCUCGACCGUUCAAAAUGAGGCUUUUUGAAGCAAUUGCGUAUAAUAGACUGUGGUUGGCCGCUGGCUUUAAAAAUGGCCUGCAAGUAAUUCGCCUCCCCCUUCUUCCCACUGUCGUCGGUACAGUGUGUUUGAACAGGUUGAAAGAGCGUUCUGACACAACUGCCUUUAUGACCAACAAGACGGUCGCUUCAGAAGUGGAAGAUUGCGCCUAGUACUUGUUUCCUUACGGUAAACCGUUGUUCUCAUCGUCCCGUCUGCGAUUUCGUAACUUGUACGUCCUGGAAGGACAACUGCUUGUUGACUUCCCCCUCCACAGUAAACUGAAUGUCGGGGAAAGAUUGCAUUUUACAAUGCCUUGAAAGCCUUUACCUCGCAACUCUUCAGUACAAGGACGUUUCGUCGACGUAUCUGGCCUAGAACUUUGGGGGGUACGAACUGGGGACCAGCUGCUCGAGCCUUGGCAAAACAGCUUCGGCAAUUAGUCUAGACGGAGGCGAGCCCAUCGGUGUCCGCAACUUUUGCUCAUAGACGUGGCCGUUGAAUGUGAAGAAGGUCUUAAGACGCAGUUUUAGGAGCUCGAUGGUGUGUGCUCGUUUUAGCAGUUGGUCGGUCUCAUCAUACUUUUUCUGGGGAAAACGGUCAAUUUCGUCGAUAGCCAGCGCGGGUGGGAUGGCGAUGAACAAUGAGAUCACGUCAAAAGACGCCAUUACCGCAUCUGCCUCCACUUCGAGAUGUUUGAUGCGCGUCAAGAACUUUUCAGCUAUUUUAGUCUUUUGAAUAAUCAGACCCCAUAUUAGUCUUGAUUUCUUAUUUAGGUUCUCAUAUGACCAGAAUAUGCUGAAGAUGAAUAUGUUCGCAGACCAUAACAGACCAAACAAUAGAUUUAUAAGCAAAUAUACUACUAGACUUCCCUGAAUAAAUAGUCAAAACGAUCGAACAUCUGUCCCAUAAUAUAUGUGAUCUUAUGGAAUGCUAUCACAGGCACUAUUCAAUAAUUUUAAUAGCGCCGCAGAAUCUACUUCUUAUGACCUUGUUAAUGUAAAUGACAGGGGAAUAGGAAAAAUUAAGGAUUUGAAGGGCGAGUCGAGCCAUUACAAACAAUUUAAAAUUAUUUACGGAAAUGAGGAGCAAGCUCCACUGCUGCUGAACAGGAGAUAAGCACUCCGAGAUGCCCACCCGACGAUUUUUUCUGUGGAACUUCUCACACCCCGAGCGGAAGAGAUGAAGGGAACUCAAGGCCAAACUCCUAUAAAGAUACAAUACAUUAUUGAAUGUAAAAAUCGUAAAUGUUCGGAGCUCAUUCCUAUAGACACAACCACUAACAUUGAUCUAAAUGAAAAUUCAGGUUUUAGGAAAAGAACGUUCCUAUCUGCCACACCGAACAGGGAAAAUAACUGCCAACACAUUAACGUCCGGUUUGAUCAAUCAGCAGCAGACUCGAAAGCGGACAAAGGACCGGAAAACUCACACGAAAUAUCUAGCAAAUUUGACCCGUGACUGUGAGGCAAUGUGGCCUAAACUAAGGAUGAGUGGCGCAACUAAUUUGAAUUUCCUCACCGUAACAGUCUACCAAAUUAAACUCUUGAUGGUAAUGACGCGAUAAUAAUGAUUUUUUUUUAUUAAAGACCCGUUGGGGUCCAUCAAAGCAAGUAAAAAAUGGCAUGCGAAUUGUAGACGAGGUAGGUAGGAUCUGUAAAAAAUGCAAUUCAUAGUUUUUGAAUUAGUAGUCCGUUGAGAAAAACUACUAGCGAGGUGUGAAAAAACUCCACUGAAAAAUUUAAAAAUGAUUAGAUUAAUUUUACAGCAGAAAAAAAACCCUCGAUAAAAAAUAACAGAAAAUGCGGGCAAGACUGGCCUGUAUGUGGCGGUAUAUAGCGGAUUAUAAUCGAACAUCGUCAGGGCAGAAAUAAAGGUCAGCCUUGAGGGGUACGUAUGCGGGUUGGACAGGACUAGCCUGCACGCGGUAUUGUAUACGGGAUUCAGAGCUGACAUCGUCACGGCCGGAUUAAUACGCCGGAUGAGACUAUUCGCGUCAAAGAGGCCAGUCGAGGGGAACCCAGACACGAUCGGCCACAGUAUGCAUCCAGCCCAACCGAGGAGCGGGGAAGGGAGGUACGACCAAACUACUAGUAGACGGCGACUACUGAGGGUUCCACCGUGAACGUCGACAGACCGCAUGAGGUCAAAAUGCGGGAGAUGACAUCGAGAACCGCGAAAACCGUCGCUAUGGCGGAGGAGCGAUAACAGUGGAUUUAGAAACCAAUUUAAAACAAGGGUGCGUAAUGAUAUAAUUGAGGGUUACCAUUUGAUCUGCCAAUAAAUCCCAGUAGGACCCUUCUCAAAGUAAAGGACAUGAGUGUUAUGGAAUGAGACCGCUAACAGUGCCUUUAUGCUUACGGGUGGAUGAUGUUUGCGUAAUUUCGACUUGAAUACAAGUAACUUAGUCAAUGACCUUUUUUCUGGCUGAAGACUAUUCCAAAGGAAAGCAUAUUUGGAAGCAAAGAAUAGGGAGUGCUUAAAUGUAGUGCAAAGAGGCGGCGGAAUCACCAUGGAAGACUUGCGCGUGGCAUAAGACAGAUCUCUUGGAGUGUGUGUCCAUGAUUGGAAGAUUGGAGCUAGAGUUGAUGCGAAAAAGGAAGCGAAGGCCAGCUUCUAGUCUUCUAACCCACAAAAACUUAUUGUUCGUCAGCUGGCAUCUUCGAGUAUAAGAAAUACCGGAUGAACCUUGAGAUAAUAGUUUCCGAGUGAAAACCCUCUGAACAUUUUCGAACUUAUAGCGCUCGCAGACAUUCAUUAAACCAAAGAAAGGAGAGCAGUAUUCGAGGACUGGAAGAACAAACAUUCUAUACAUUCCUAGCUUCAUUUCCGGAAGGAAUAAAUUAUGCGAUAUAAAUUCACAUAUAUGCGCGGCUUUGGCAGAGAUCCUAUCUGCAUGAAGUGAUAAAGCAAGAUUAUUCGUAUAACUUAAACCUAGGUCCUUUAUGGUGAGGCACUCUAAGAGGCGGUUAUUCUGACAAAUUAUGGCAUUAGGAAGUUUUGUAGGACGAAAAGACACGAAACUACACUUUGAUGAUGAAAAUUUCAUCUGUCAUGUUGAUCCCCAUCUGCUUAAGCGUAAUAAAUCGGCAUUAAUUAUUCAACAAAAUCGUUUGCAAUGUCCUUAGAAUAUGAAUAAACACACUUGAGGUCAUCGGCAUAAAUAGUAGUUUGCGAAUUUCCGAGUUCAGCCUAAAUAUCAUUGAUGUACAUAAGGAAGAGUAUCGGACCCAGAAACGUACCUUGAAAUACGUCACUCAUGAUCCAGUGAGGUGUCGAGUAGCUAUUACCGAGCAUAACUAUCUGGUAUCGGCGGGACAGAUAGGAGCUUAGUGUGUAGAUUGGAGAUGGCCGGAUGCUGAGAGCUUACAAAUUUACUAAAAGACUGAAAAGGCUGAAAAGUUCUUGACGCGCAUCAAACAUCUCGAAGUGGAGGCAGAUGAGGUGAUGGCGUCUUUUGACGUGAUCUCUUUGUUCAUCUCCAUCUCACCCGCGCUGGCUAUCGACAAAAUUGACGGUUUUCCCCGGGAAAAGUAUGAUGAGACCGACCAACAGCUCAAACGAGCACACACCCUCGAACUCCUAAAACUGCGUCUAAAGACCUUCUUCACAUUCAACGGCCACGUCUAUGAGCAAAAGUUGCGGACACCGAUGGGCUCGCCUUCGUCUAGACGAAUUGCCGAAGCUGCUUUGCCAAGGCUCGAGCAGCUGGUCCUCAGCUCGAACAUCCCAAAGUUCUAG